AUGAAGAAACGCACGCGCAUUAGCAUUGCAGCAGCUCGCGCAGCGAGACGCAACACGCAAGCAGUCAGAGACUGUUACUCAAGUAGGCAGAAGCUUGGUCGGUCCCGGGGUCCAGGACUCAUGCGCAUUCGCGCAGAUUACUAUUGGGAUAAAGAGUUUGCCAAAUACACAAAGGAAAACGAAGAAGCAGAUACAACUGUUGCAGAGCCAGUUCCAUCUACUGAUACAGCCACAGAGGAAGAAAGAAACACAACAGAUACCAAAGCCCCGUCAGACACAGCAGAAGAAACUACCCAAAGCACAACAAACACCCCAAAGAAACCUAAGCCAGCCACGCCCCAAGGAAUCAAACCGUGGGACUUCGCGGUGGAGCAACUCCGCCGCUACUGCAGAGAAAUUCUCGAAAAGCCAAGACCAAUGUUUUCACUUCUAACAGAGGUUCUUCAUGCCGUACAGGAUAAAUAUGAAGAAAAUCCUCAAGAGUGUAUAGACACGCUCAUUUCCAUCCUGUUUCUACCUUCAUAUGUACAUAAUUUUGGAGCCAAAUUUUCAAAUG